AGCAGGCGGCGGUAUGCCAACCCAGUUGAUGAAGGACAUCAUCCUGCAGGUGAGUUUUAAGGUGGUUUCCAAAUAAGUCAUUGUUUUAACCUACUGGCAAUAUGACUAGACAUUUAGAAGAGACGAGAUUUUGUCACCAGUAGUUAAACUGUGCGAGUUGCUAGCGUUAUGAAAGGCUAAUGUUACCCUAAUGUUAGGUUGCUGAAGCUAGCUAGAUUGGAAUAAUGAGGGGAAACCGCGCCAUUGUUGGUUUUCAGUAAGUGUUAAUUAGAAUUUCAUACCAGACUAAUGUUAGAUGAAACUGAUUAUCUCAGUUUCUAUGAAGCUUGUUUGUUACUGUGAAGGUCUAAAUUAUAACGUUUAAUUUAAAGGUAAUUUUAAUUUUAAAGUAGCUAGGCUGGUAGUUGAUUUUUCAGUACAGUAAGUUAAAAACACAAGAAUUGGGACAAAUAGUUUAAGAUUCGGCCUAAAACAAUAUUGAGGUCUAAUCAGAAUGUCUUACUUUGUUUAGGGACAGACAAAAAUGAAAAGAAAGGGAGAUAUUGCAGAUUUUUUUAUAAAGAGGCACAAAUCAGGCCCAGACCAGCCCCAGGCAGACCCCAGCCCUGAAACCAGCAAACCUGGCAGCUCCCACCUGGGCGCUAGCCAGGCAAGUCAACCCAGUCUACCACCACCAGACAUAAAUAAUGACUGGCCAGACCUGUGGAGUGCUAAACAAACAGAAGACUUCAAAUCCAAGAACCCCUGGUUGGGAUCCAAAAACAAAAAAUUAGGAUGUCUGGUCUGUAGCAGUGUGAACUCCAUUGGGAUCAACAAGGAGCAAGGUGUGUCACUCUCAAGAGAAUGGAUGAACUUUGAAAUUCAAGUGUCUGGCCAUGAAAGUAGAACAACAAGUCUGUCAGUCUUGAGAAAUAAGGUGAGGAAACAUGCGUUGUCCAAGGCCCACUCUCAUGCUGUGAAGGUGGCAGAGCAACAGAAAGAAGCUGCCAUUGACAAUGCAAUGGAGACCAUGACUGAGUCCUACAUGAAGGAAACUGAAGCUGUGUUUCGAACAGCCUACCAUCUGGCCAAAAAUAACCGACCCUUUUCUGACCAUGAAAGCCUCAUUGAGCUGCAAGAACUGAAUGGUGUAAAAAUGGGCUCAAUACUUCAUUCACGUUACAGUGCAACGCAAAUAAUACAGCAUGUUGCUAGUGAGAUGCAGAGCAAAAUUGUCAGUAGCAUUAUAGCAUCAUCCAGUAAGUUAGCUGUUCUGAUUGAUGAGGCAUCUUCUUUAAGUCACAAGGCUGUCAUGACAGUUUCUAUUAAAGCAUCAAUUCAAGAAGAAAGCCCUGAGUUUAUAUUCCUGGAACUUGUUGAACUUGAAAAUCAGAGAGCAGAUGGCAUAGUACAGGCGUUACUUACCUGUUUAACUAAUGCUGGCUUUACAGAAGAGUGGCUUCAUGAAAACUGGGUAACAUUUGUAUCUGAUGGAGCCAGUGUCAUGCUAGGAAAGAAGUCAGGAGUAGCAACCAGGCUGACUUGGAGAUUCCCGAAGCUUUUUGUAUGGCACUGUAUGAACCAUAGACUUGAACUUGCUGUGUCAGAUGCAGUUGAUGAGGUAAACUCUGUCAAUCACUUUAAAGCUUUUAUCCAGAAGCUAUACUCUCUGUAUAGUGUGUCAAACAAAAAUGAACGUGAACUUGUGAAUGCAGCAGCUGAAGUAGGCUCACAACUUCUUCGCAUUGGCAGAAUCUUGGAUGUACGUUGGGUGGCCAGUAGCUUUCGAACUGUUCGUGCUGUUUGGACAUCCCUGGGAGCUCUUGUGCAGCACUUUAAAAAUGCUUGCAGUGAUGAGAUAAGGUCCACAAAAGAGAGGCAGAUGUACAGAGGUUUGUUAAACCGUGUCCAAAGUCCAGAAUUUAUUUGUGACCUUGGGCUUAUGUACGACACACUCCAUGAAUUAAGUGUUCUGUCACAGGAGCUUCAGUCUCGUUCUAUAACUCUCCUCAGAGCAGAGCAUCUGCUGAAACGCUCAAUCAGAGUGAUCCAGUCAUUCAAAGAAAGUCCAGGUGAGAAAUAUAGUGAGGCUUUAGAAGCAAAACAGACUGGAGAGUAUCGGUCUAUAACCCUGAAAACAAAUGCAAAGCUGAAGUCCAUCAAUCCAGGUCAGUUCUUACAAAGCCUUGUGAACAAUCUGGAGCAGCGCUUAUCUUUUGAAGAUGAGACCGUCAUGGACCUCAGCAUCCUUGAUCAGAGUAAGUGGCCAUCAAAGCCCAGCAUUCGCCAUGGUGAAGAACAAGUUAAGCGACUGUGCAAGCGAUUUAACUUGUGCACAGACCAAGCACUGAAUGGGAUGUGGGACCUACUGGAAGAGCCCAGUAGUGAGCCUAAGGACCUAAAACCACUUAUCAACUGUAUGAAAACAUUCCCUGUCAGCACAGCAGAGUGUGAGAGGAACUUUAGCCUUAUGAACAAUAUAAGCUCAGACAAGAGGGCUGUCCUUCUGAUCUCAAACAUAUCAAAGUUGAUGAUUAUUAAUAUCAAUGGCCCACCAACUUAUAGGUUUGAUCCUAGAAAAUAUACAAGGACCUGGUUGAAAAGCCAUCGUAAUGCCUCUUCUUUGCGUUCCAGACAGUGCAGGGUGAAAACCCCUGAAAGCAAAUCUGUCUGA